AUGGUGGUCUCGCUCUGGCACUUCCUCCGGCGCGCGAAGCCGGACCUCUCGUUCGCCGACACGUUCGAGUCCGUCUGCGACGGCACUGUGGUGGCCGGCCCGGUGUGGGACCACGUCCUCUCCUACUGGCGCGCGAGCGUGGCGUGCCCGGACAGGGCGCUCUUCCUCAGGUACGAGGACCUGCUGCACGACCCCGCCGGCAACGUGCGGCGGCUGGCCGAGUUCAUGGGGUGCCCGUUCUCGGCCGCCGAGGACGUCGCGGACGUCGUGGAGCUGUGCAGCUUCGAUGAGAUGAAGGCGCUGGAGGUGAACAGGCCUGGUAGCGGCACCGCGGGGAGAUUCCGCGCCAUGCCGCGCGACGCAUUCUUCCGGAAGGGUGUCGCCGGGGACUGGGCGAACCACAUGACGCCGGAGAUGGCGGCGCGGCUGGACGAGAUCUUCCGUGAGAAGCUCCGAGGAACGGGGCUCGCCUUCCCGUGA